AGGAGCGACCCCUGCCAAUGUCAUCCUCGGCCAUCGAAAGGAAGAGCCUGGAGCCCUCCGAGGAGCCAGUGGAUGAGGUGCUCCAAAUCCCUCCUUCCUUGUUAACAUGUGGAGGUUGUCAGCAAAACAUUGGAGAUCGAUACUUCCUGAAAGCCAUUGACCAGUACUGGCAUGAAGAUUGUCUCAGCUGUGACUUAUGUGGGUGCCGACUUGGAGAAGUGGGAAGGAGACUAUAUUAUAAACUGGGCAGAAAGCUCUGUCGAAGAGACUAUCUCAGGCUUUUUGGCCAAGAUGGUCUCUGUGCCUCCUGUGAGAAGAGAAUCCGAGCCUAUGAGAUGACCAUGAGAGUAAAGGACAAAGUGUACCAUCUGGAAUGCUUCAAAUGUGCUGCUUGCCAGAAACAUUUUUGCGUUGGUGACAGAUACCUUCUCAUAAACUCAGAUAUAGUAUGUGAGCAAGACAUCUACGAGUGGACUAAGAUCAAUGGGAUGAUAUAACUCACUUGUGCCUCAUAGUUACAUUUCAUGAGUGACAUAUAUAUUUAGCUAUGGUGAGGUUAUUGCUCACAUCUUUAUGCUUUCUCUAAGGGGGAAAUGGAACAGAAUACAUAGGCAUUGCAUCCAACAAAAUAAGUGAUGAUUGAAUAAAAGACAAAAUUAUUUCUUUUAGCAAAUAUGCUGUGAUGACAAACUGACACUAGAGGUAAUGAUUGAAACUAGAAAACCAAUAUAAAGCAACAAUGGAUACUUUUAAAUUGAAGUGUGAUAGGUAACUUUAUGGAUUUUUCUUCUCUAACCUGGUACUUUUCAGAUAAAUUGAGUCUACCAGUCCCUAGAAAUCUAGCAUUUGUUGUCCUAAGAUUUCUGGCAGAAGGGUGGCCUUAACACUCUCAGACAAAAUUGUUCAAUUAAAUUUUGCUUAUUUUGUAUCUAUUUGUCUAGAUUAUACUCCCAGCACUAAUAUUACAUGUAAGAGCAUCAGGAGAGUUGUAUGUCUGAAGAGGAAGGGCCUCCAAAUAAGUGUAGCCUCCCCCCCCUUUAAUGACACUUUUCUUUUUGAAAAUGAAAGUACAAUUUUUGUACCAGUGCAAAAGAUGAUACCUCAUCAGAUAUAAUUAAAUCUUUGUGAAAUCCAUGAGAGUUAAUGGCAUGUAACUGGGAAGGGAGGAAAGACUGCAGCCUUAAAUGGUAAUUAUUUCAAAUAAUGAAGAUGGAUAGCUACUUUUUGUUAAUGUUGUUGGAAGGUGAGGAAUUCCACUACUCCUUUCUAUACAAUAUUUUUUUUAAGUUCUUCAACUAUUUUAUUAGAAAAUGUAAAUAUAUUGUAUGUAGUAAGACUUAAUUAAAUAGACUUGAUCUAAGAGUUGUGAUAUUUUUCAUUCAAUACACUGGCAGCUUUUUUGAUUAUCAUUUUAGUGCAAUAAAUAUAUAGCUGUUGUAUGGCUCAUUUAUUUGUACACAGAGUAUCUUCCUUUGAGCUCAGAUUUUGUUUCAACAGACUUAACAACAUUGUUAAUCUCACUGUAUUAAAUAGAUUCAAAGGAGAAAAUUUAAGUCUUCCUAAUAAUAGAAGAGGUUAAUUUCCCCAACCUUUUGGGGAUGCAGCCAUUAUUUAUCUUGAUUGCUAUAUGCAUUGCAAUAAAUGUUGUAGGUGCCUAAUUAAUUUGUGAUGUGACUAGUCAUGAAUUAUUUGACUCCUCUAUGCGCCAUACAUAUGCUGCCUGAUAUUGUUUAGAUUAUUAAAAUGAGAUGAUGCUUUAGGUGUGAUUCUGAUAUUAUUCUUGCAUUUUGAGAACAGAAACAUUUGCAAAGCGAUCCCUGACAUGUAGCAAUGCACA